AGGAGUGGGGGGGAGAAAGCGGGAGCGGCUCCAAGACGCAGUAUCAUCUCUGGCGGAGGGCGAUCGGGGACCGAGGCAGAACAAUAGCAGGAAGCCAAGCCGCGCCAGGCGGCACCAAGCUGAGGGGCAGGCUGCGCUCCUUGGCAGGCAGGCCGGAGCGGGGAGGCUCCCCGGGAGGCCACGGGAGAGGCAGAACAAAAAAGGAGGGAAAACGAGAGAGAGAGGCGGGGGGGGGAAUGGAGGUGGCCGACGCCCCGCCCCGCUCGAGGCCGUUCUCCUCCCCGACGGGGGCCUUGUGACGCUGGCGGCGCUGGGAUACCUGGAAGCUAUCGCGGUGGAGAGCCGGGAGGGCCGCCUGAGCUUUUGAAGAAUAUAACAAAACAUGGACAGCCACAAAUAUUAUUCAAGGGAAUUUUAUGAUCGAUAUGCCCAAGGCCAAGAGAAGUCUGUGGUCAAUAAAAUGCAGCAGAAGUACUGGAAAACAAAGCAAACUCUUAUCAAAGUCACAGGAAAGAAAGAAGAUGAACAUGUAGUUGCCUCAGAUGCCGAUUUGGAUGCAAAACUUGAGCUGUUCCAUUCAAUUCAGAGGACGUGUAUGGAUUUACUGAAAGCAAUUGAAUUAUAUCAAAAAAGAAUUUGUUUUCUAUCUCAGGAAGAAAAUGAAUUAGGAAAAUUUCUCCGAUCCCAAGGUUCUCAGGAUAAAACCAGAGCAGGGAAGAUGAUGCAAGCGACAGGAAAGGCCCUCUGCUUUUCUUCACAACAAAGGUUGGCAUUGCGUACACCUUUAUGCAGACUGUAUCAAGAAGUGGAGACAUUUAGAUACCGUGCUAUUUCAGAUACUUGGUUGACUGUCAAUCGAAUGGAACAAUGCAGGACAGAAUAUCGGGGAGCUCUGUUGUGGAUGAAAGAUGUGUCCCAAGAGUUGGAUCCUGAUCUUUAUAAGCAGAUGGAGAAAUUCAGGAAGGUCCAGGCACAAGUUCGGCAAUCAAAACUGAGUUUUGACAAAUUGAAAACAGAUGUGUGUCAGAAAGUGGAUCUUCUUGGAGCGAGCAGAUGUAAUCUUCUAUCUCAUAUACUAACAACAUACCAGACAACACUUCUUCAUUUUUGGGAAAAAACAUCUCGUACUAUGGCAGCUAUCCAUGAAAGUUUCAAGGGCUAUCAGCCAUACAACUUCAUAAUGUUGAAGAGCCUACAAGAACCUGAAAGUAAACUAGUGGAAAGUGAAGAGAAAGAGGAAGAACUGCAGCUAGAGAACACCAAAUCAGAAGAUGAUCAGCAGAGUCAGUUGAUUUCAUUAGAUGAUGAGAACCACACCAAGGAAUCAUUGAGCACAGCAGAAGAUGCUAAGGACAUUCUGAGUACUUUUGGGGAAGACUCAGAACAAGAAUUCAACAGAGAGAAUUCAGGAGCUAUAGAUGACUUAUUAGGCUUGAAACCUGAGGAAAGUGGAUCAAAAUAUCUUCUUACAAACUCCUUGGAGCCUGAGGCUGCAGAUAAGGCUGAUAUGGUAUUACUGAACGAGAUUCUCAACGCAUCUUCUUUGGAUGAUGGUGAAUUCAGCUGGGAAUGGACACCUGCUUUUGGAGAGGAUUCACUGGCUGACACACCUGCAAACUCCUCCAUGGGAGAAAUGGAAGGCAACCAUCCAUCAUCAUCGUCAUCAUCAGGCUUCCUUCCUUCUCAGCUUUUAGAUCAAAACAUGAAUAAUUUGCAGUCCUCCUUUCAAGAGCCAUCCAGUUCCUCUAAAGAUCUGACUGCUUGGUUCAGCCUCUUUGCUGAUCUGGACCCCUUGUCCAAUCCAGAUGCUGUUGGGAAAACAGAUAAAGAACAUGAAUUGUUCAAUGCAUGAGUAGUCUGCCUGUGGUAGCUUUCACUUCACCAUUAAUAAACAUUUCCUUGAGGUUUUAGAAAAUCUUAAAGCAGAUUAGUGUGCUGUUGUAUAACUUCUCACAUCUGUGCCAUUCUAAUAAAUUCAAGGGAUUCAUCUUCCCCUUUCUAUAGAUAACAAUCAUUAGCUCUUGUUUUGUAUUAAGAUUUUGCACCUCCUCCUCUCUUUCUUUUUAUUUUAUUUUUUGGUAUGUGAAUGUAUUGAGCAAAGUUUUGAUUUAUAUGGGAUUGCUGAUUAGUGUACUUGCUGUAACUUGGUUCUUGGCAGAAGUGUGUCACAGUUAAUACAAGAGUGAAAUAUAAAUGAUAAACCUGUUUUUUAUAUUUUCCUUCUUAAAUCAAAGGGAAAAAAAUCAUGUAUUUGAAAGUUGCAUGAAUCAGUUGUAUACACAGCAGUAUAUAAUGGGCUGCUGCUGACAUAUAAACUGAAUUUCUGUUGUUACAGUCCAUAGUGAAAAGAUCUGUACUUUGGAGCUAAUCAUUUGAGAAUUGUAUUUGAGCAUCUUGAAUCUACAUAAUCUGAAGGCAGAGGGGCAAUGAUAUCUUUAUUAUACCACUGAAAACCACAAACAGAAGCUAGCUUUUGAUUCCAUAGAAGUUGUCAUCAAGCUGGAUACCACAGAGCUGUGGAUGGUGCAAAAACAUUCUUGACUUGAGACUGUAGCCACCAUUUUGAAACUCACUUUUAACAAAGGACCUGGCAUGGACAUCUAACCAUGAUUUUUUGAGCUUUUAUGAUUUUCUUCAUUAUCUAUAGCUGUGCUGCCCAGCCUGAUAAGGCCUGUGCAGAGUCAAAAACUAGCUUCUGUUUAUAUUCUAGUAAUUUAAUAAAUGUGUCCGUCACCUCUGCCUUUGGAUUGUAUAGAAGGACCACAACACAUAUUUUUCUUUCUUUCUUGAUGAAUCUUCAUAUAAUUUUCUAUUUUAAAAUUAUAUGAAUCUUCAUAUAAUUUUCUAUUUUAAAAUUAUUAGGGAAACAACAGCACAAGUCCAAACAAACUGCCCAGACAAUAACUUUUUAAUGUGUUACUCUGUGACAACAGUUCCUGCUAGUAGAAACCAGGAGGCAUUGACUUUGCCAACAUGUGCAUUUAUAGCAAUCAUACAAAGCACUUUUCGUUAUUGCUGGUUUCAUAUAUUUUCUUGAACCUGUUGUGAAACUCUUCUUUAAUAAAGAUGGUUUUGACAAAAAAAAAAAAA